UAGACACAGCGCCUACGCACACAAGCACCACAUCAACGCACACCACAAGACGGAAAGCAUAACAAAAAUAUUGGAGUUGAAUGAAUUCGCGAAAAAAGACAAACAGUUAGUGGUGCGCAUUCAUACGAAAUUGCACAUUGAACAAGACAACACACAGCAUAUUCUACUCACCGUUUUCAUGUUCAUUUUCGGGGUUAGAAAAAUCGAAUUUUUUUUUAUUAUUUUCUUUGUGAUUUACGGGCAGUUCUCAUAGAAGUCUAAUCAGAUUAUUUGAUUUGAGCGAAUUAAAAGUGAAUCAGCGAGUUUUUCUGAAUAAGAUUUUAAAUUCGUCAACGUUCUCGGAUUGACCAAGUAUUAAGGCGAUUAUUACCUGGACCAAACUCACAGAACAUACAUUGUGUGGAGCAGAAUUUGACAUACAUUAAUAAAAAAACACACACUCGACUCACCAACAAUCAGCCAUUCUUGCUUUCGCGUACACGCCGAAUGUGCGCGAGAAUUUACAGUUACAAGAAUUUUGCAGUCGAGCUUCGCUCAAGAGCAACCAAACGAAAGAGUGUGUAUAUAUACAAUCUAUAUAUUAGUUGCCAUACGAUUCAGUCAACCAAUACGUUUGCAUCAUAUUGAAUUGGAGCGCAAGAAGUCGAAACACCGUGUUAACAGAAAGAAAAAACAACCAACUGAUAUACAACUCCAAAGACAUCAAUUGAUUCGGUUUAGUUUUGUUCCAUCGCUGACAGAAGAAUCACAAUUUGUGUUUUUGCUGGACAAUUGAAACGCAAAUCUAAACAAGCAAAUGGAAUUAUUCAAUUUGUCGGACGGCAUCUAUCAAAACGUUUGAAUUGGGUUUUUUUUCACCAAAAUUCUCAGUGUUUAUUUGUGUUUUUUAUCUAAUCGAAGCAAAAUCAACCUAAACAAAUUUGUUGAAGUAUUGAUACUGAUUGGAAGAAGAGAAAAAAGUGGAACAUCGAUAAAUUGUGAAAUGUCCAUGUAAAUUGGCUAAAUAAAAAGAAAACAUAUUCCACCAAAUCACGGCAAUUCACUUAAUACCUGCGAGAGCAAAACGUGUGAAUUAAAAAACUGGAACACAUGACAAAUAUGUACUGCGAAUUUAAAGCAUAAGAAAAAAAAGGAAGAGAACAAACAAAACAUUGUGUGUUUUUUCUCAAGAACAGAAGAAAAGAAAAGAGGGAAAAAAAGAAUCAUCGCAAGUGACGAACGUGAAGGAGUAAACAAGAUACAACUAAGCACAGAGCAUCUCACAAAAAUCAUACUCGGAACACUCGAGUGCAGUCAAUUAAGAGACAAACAUUUCUGGUUCUUCGUGUUGCUGUAGCUGUUACUGUAGUGGUUUGUUGUUUAUUUCGGUUCUUGUUACUUACAUCGGUAUAUGCAUCGAAGCUGAUCUGACAAAACAUACACUGACUGACUCUAUCUCACUGACAGCUGCUUGUGAAUGCGGUUCUGCAUGUGUGCGGCGUUUAGUAUGCACUUGGUGCUCACCAAUCGACUGAUUCAAUGAAACACUCAGAAAAAGUGGCAGAAACGAUUCUCUGUGUUUGUUUUGUUUCUUCCGUCUGUUAGUUCAUUUCAUUCAAAAGGGAAACAACAAGAGCACACUGACGAAACUUAUGCGGAAUUAUUACAUUAUCGAAAGAAGUGCGUUCGUUCGAAUGAAUUUGUGAACGUCGGCAUCAACCACAAGUCAUCAACUGGAAAUAGCUUCAGAUUUUUGUUUCCAAUUAUUCAGUGACGUUUGUUUUCGGUAUUAUUUGUUUUUUUCGUUUCAAUUAUUAGUUAAUUUUGCUGUUUAUUUACGGUUGAAAGUAUUUAUACAAUUGAACAAGUUAAUUUUGUGUGGGAAACUUGCACAAUCGGCAAAAACAAUAAUAAACAACAACGAACACCUUCGAAACAAAAGAGAAAUUUAAAAGUUCUAAUACCAAUUCGAUGCAUUGAAAUCAUAGUGAAAUCAACGAUAUUUAGUGAUUUUUUUUUUCCAUCACAGCGAAUGUCAUCUCAUCACAACUUCAAAAUUCAACGAUAUCUGUCAUUGUAUCAACGUUGAGUGAGUGACCACCGGUGAGAGCAGAAGAAAAAGUUUCAAAACGUUCAGAAUUUCACUGAAAAAAAGAGAAAUCUGUAAUUUAAAUAAAAAACACAGUAUAUAAUCAAACAGAGAAAAAUAGCAGAGAGAAAAAAACAAGUUGACGCAAAAAUAAAAUCAUAGAUAAACAAAAAAACAUAUGAAAUCGACAAAACGAUCAACGUAAACAUACAUCGUUCAAAACUUCAAUUUUGCACCGCAUCAGUUUUGGAUUAACAUUUUAUUCACAUCGAAUCAAAGAGAGAGAUAGAGAAAAAAAAGAAAACGACACAUUUUCAUUUGCCCCUCUUGUGAUUCUUCGGAACGCAUUCAACGUUUUCCAUUAUUUUAUCUUUGUUUGGACAAAAAGAAAGGCUUUUGGUUUCUUUUUGCAUUCAUACCGUUCCCUCGGUUGCUGUUUUCAAAUACGUUUUUUCUUGUCGAACUGAGAGCGUGAUCACGUUGCUGUACGAGCCAAUGUAAUCCAGACGAAUUUUCUUUUUAUUUCUUUGGUAUUGACACAAAAUGGUAUUGAGCUAGAAGCAACGAACAGUAGUCAAGAACGGAGAACAAAACAAAAAAAACACAUCAAUUAAUAGAAGUGGGCCAAAAAUGCUAAUGGCAGUCGCUUGGAAGACCAACAUCAUCACACAUCGGAAAUAGUAGCAGUCCCGUAUUUAUCAUACAAAACAAGUCGUGGACCAGUGCUGCGAUCAAGUGAACGUCGUCGAGCUCACGCAACAUUAUCAACGUCACCCGUAUUGACACCACGCGUUGUCCUACCUCGUUUGGAAUCCACGCGUGAUUUCGAUCGCUUGCGUCUAUCAUACAAAGUAACAAUACUUGAUCGAAGACAAACGCGCAGCAGUCGUGGCAUGAGCAUGGGACAAAAAAUUUCAGGAAGCGUUAAAUCUGUCAGUCGUGAAUCACCGACACCAUUUAAACCAAUCAUUCCGCGUGAAUUGGCAGCCGAUUUUGAACGGCCAGCACGCUUAGACAUACUGCUUGAUAUGCCACCGGCAGCGCGAGAUACACAAAUCAAACACUCAUGGAACUCAGAAGAUCGAUCUCUAAACAUAUUCGUCAAAGAAGAGGACAAGCUAACGUUUCAUCGGCAUCCAGUUGCACAAAGUACAGACUGUAUACGCGGCAAAGUCGGAUUCACAAAAGGCUUACACGUGUGGGAAGUGCAAUGGUCGACCCGGCAGCGUGGCACACAUGCCGUGGUCGGUGUUGCGACCGCCGAAGCACCAUUACAUUCAGUAGGUUAUCAAAGCCUGGUCGGUUCAAACGAUCAAAGUUGGGGAUGGGACCUUGGCCGAAAUAAACUCUAUCACGAUGCAAAGAAUUGCAAUGGCAUCACAUAUCCAGCAAUCCUGAAAUCAGACGAAGCAUUCUUAGUGCCAGACAAAUUUUUGGUUGCGCUCGAUAUGGACGAAGGAACGCUUAGCUACAUUGUCGAUGGCCAGUAUCUCGGUGUCGCGUUUAGAGGAUUGAAAGGCAAAAAACUAUAUCCAAUUAUAUCAGCUGUCUGGGGACACUGCGAAAUCACAAUGCGAUAUAUCGGUGGACUCGAUCCUGAACCGUUCCCACUGAUGGAUCUCUGUAGACGAGUUAUUCGACAAAAAAUCGGCCGCGAACGAUUAGAAAGCUGCGUGCAUCAAUUGCAACUGCCCGAAUCAAUGAAAACGUAUUUAUUGUAUUGGGACCGUAGAUAAUAACAUGAACGCAGCAGCCAUUACGACCGUUAAAGAACAUGAACAACAUCAACAUUGAUUGAUCCAACACCGACCACACGCAAAAGUGUCAUUGCUAAGAAGCAGAUCAACGAAAAAUCAACCUAUGCAUCAUCCAAACUGGCUGUACAACAAUAACAACAUCAUCAUCUAACGAACAAUAUGAGUAUUAAGGGAAGCAAAGCUGUACAAUAUAUAUUCAGCAAGAAAGUCUUGUCGACACACCAGAAAAAAAAACAUUUUUAUUUUGUCAAAACAAAUUUAAAACAAGGAAGACAAAGCAAAAAAUAUAAUAACAAAAUUAUUACGAGAAUUCACGCGAAAGUUCAAAUAAAUUGGGCUUUUUAAAUAUACAUUUCAUAUAUACAUUGUUUUGCUAAUAAAAAGAAUGAACAUUCAGAUGUUGAAA